AUGCGGGGCGCUGUCCCCAUGUCCGUCUCUACGGCGGUGACCCUGCUGCUAGUGGUCCUGGACGUGCAGGCCAGCGGGGAGUACUGCCACGGCUGGCACGACGCGCAGGGCGCCUGGAGGGACGGCUUCCAGUGCCCCGAGAAGAUCGACAGCGAGGACGCCAUCAUCUGCUGCGGGAAGUGCGAGCUGCGCUACUGCUGCGCGAGCACGGAAGCGCGGCUGGACCAGGGCACGUGCGACAACGACCGGCCGGAGCCGGAGCCCGGCGGCGGGGGCGCGGAAAGGAACGACGGCGGGGCAGUGCCCAUCUACGUGCCCUUCCUCAUCGUUGGCUCUGUGUUCGUGGCCUUUGUGCUGGUGGGCUCCGUGGUCGCCGUGUGCUGCUGCCGCUGUCUCCGCCCCAAGCAGGAGCUCGGGGGGGGCAGGGGCGGGGGCCGUCUCCUGGAGACCAUCCCCAUGAUGGCCAGCGUGGGCACCUCCAGGGGCUCCUCCUCCCGCCAGUCCAGCACCGCCACCUCCUCCAGCUCCUCGGCCCGCGGCGGCCCCCGGCCCGCCCCCCAGCAGAUGAUGCACGCCCAGGCGUCCUGCUGCGUCCCGGGGGACGGCAGCGUCUUCGUCAACAUGCCCACCAACUUCUCGGUUCUCAACUGCCAGCAGGCCACCCAGAUCACCCACCAGGGACAGUUCCUCCACCCGCAGUACAUCGGCUACGCCCACCACGCCAUGUCCCCGGCCGCCGCCUACAUGGACCCCAGCCACCAGGGGGUCUACCGCCAGCUGCAGUCCCCCUUCCCCGCGCCCACCAGUGUGGCGAGCAUGGCGGGUGAGCAGCUCAAGCACCCUGCGGUGACGGUGUGAGCGGGGCCACCUCGGACUCAGUGAGCCUCUACACGGGACGUCCCGGCCCGGCCAGAGACCUUGAGGUUGUGGAGGACGUGGAGGACGAGGCCCGGCCUGUGGGGGGGGGGGGGGGACAGGAGUAGUGUGGAGUCAGGCUCACAUGAAGGACUCUGAAAAGGCUGUGUGUGUGUGUGUGUGUGUGUGUGUGUGUGUGUGUGUGUGUGUGUGUGUGUGUGUGUGUGUGUGUGUGCGUGCCCAGUGCUUGUGGUGCAGGACAGAUGCGUGUAUAAUGUGGCUGUCUAAUACACAAAGACACUGCUAUGGCCUGCUGGGUAAUGCAGCGCAGAUGGGUAACACUGCACAUCUUAUUACCCCCUUAAACCCAGUACAGACCCUGUGUGUGUGAAUGUGUGUAUGUGUGUGGUUUUGUGCAUGCAUGCGCAAUGCGCAUGUAUGCGUCUCUGCGUUGGAACGCUUGUUUGUGAGUUUGUGUGUGUAUAAGUGUGUAGUGCGGGAGAGACAGUAAAUGGAAAGAUGAAAUGUGUGAGCCAAUGUGUGUAGACACAGAGAUGACUAAUGUGGGCCCGCCGUACAAUGAGGGGAUACGGGGGGAGAGAGAGAGAUCACACACGCGCUGUGUGUCCGACGCGCACAAUCUGCGCUAUGAAUGAAUGGGGAAUGCAUCAUGCUCUAUUGGAUGGGCUCUAGGUGCGAUGUAUCAGGGUGUGUGUUUGUGUGUGUGUACUGUACAUGUGAGUGGGGAACAACUUGUGUGUGUGU